UCUUCCAGGCAUCUCGUAUGAAAAGGGUUUAAUUGGCGUUUACAGCUCAGUUGCCGCUGAUUCUGAUACAGAGCCCAGAGAAUAAAUCUGGAUUUUUACUUUUUGUCACAAUGGAAGUCGAAAACCAAAUGGAAACGGCAGAAAACAUACCGUGCAGUAUGCUUGGUGAUAAUUUCAAAGAAGUUUGUGCAGAGAAGGUAAUUAGGUUCAGGCCGCCAUUAUACAAACAACGGUACCAGUUUGUUAGAGAUUUAGUGGAUCGCCAUGAACCCAAGAAGGUUGCAGACCUGGGAUGUGGUGAUACCAAGCUCCUAAAGCUGCUAAAAAUCUACCCGUGCAUUCAGCUGCUUGUUGGGGUGGAUAUCAAUGAGGAAAAAUUGCAUUCAAAUGGGCAUCGCUUGUCUCCCUAUUUGGGGGAGUUCGUAAAACCCCGAGAUCUAGAUUUGACUGUCACCUUGUAUCAUGGCUCUGUUGUGGAGAGAGACUCGCGCUUGCUUGGAUUCGAUUUGAUAACAUGCAUUGAAUUAAUAGAACAUCUGGAUUCAGAUGAUCUGGCCAGAUUUCCUGAAGUGGUUUUUGGAUACCUGUCACCAGCCAUGGUUGUCAUCAGCACACCAAAUGCUGAAUUCAACCCCCUGUUUCCUACAGUGACCCUGAGGGACGCCGAUCAUAAGUUUGAGUGGAGCAGAAUGGAGUUUCAGACCUGGGCUACACAGGUGGCAAACUGCUACGAUUACUGUGUGGAGUUCACUGGGGUGGGGACACCCCCAGCUGGAUCUGAGCAUGUUGGAUAUUGCACCCAGAUAGGUGUCUUUAGGAAAAACGGUGGGAAGCUCUCUGAGCCCUCUGCUUCCCAGCAGCAUGACCAGCAUGUUUAUAAAGCUGUUUAUACAACCUCCUACCCGAGUUUACAGCAGGAGAAGGUGCUCAAGUUUGUACUGGUUGGGGAACUCCUGAUACAAGUGGACCGCCUGAGGCUGAGACACCAGAGAAUGCUGCGGGAACAGGAGAAGGAGCGGGGCCCUCAGCCCUGGUACGCGGACUCCUCCCCAGCCCCCCACCUGCUGUUGGGAGCAGUCUUCACAGAGGCCGAGAAGGCCAGGAUAGAAAAUUCUCCCAAACCCUUCUGUGAAGGAGAGAAGUUUUACAUCCCCCUGCAGAGACUGCUCACUUACCCCAAACUGCACCGGCUGUGUGCUGACGAAGACAGGAUGCGGUCCCUCAUCGCUGACUCGGUGUGCUUAAGCAGUGAUGGCUCCGCAGUCGUGGUUGACCUCCAUAAUUCUUGGGAUUAUCGGCCUGAGGAUAACUGAGCCAUCCGGAUUUCCUGAAGCUCGGACACCGGCUGAUAGUUGGGUUCGUUUAGAAUUCGCACUUUUUUUGUUUUAGUGGUGCUGGGACUUGAACCCUUGCUCAUGGUAAGCAAGCACUCUGCCUCUCGGCUACAUCCUCAGCCCCAGAAUUUAAGCUUUGUACAGUCAUCAUUCAAGAAGUAUUUCGAGAGUUACACAGAUCGGGUCCUGAUCUGGAUGACAGCUCUGCCUGACACACAGACUGUUCUUGGGCUUACCCAAACCGAGUUGCUUUCCUUUAAAAUUAGAUUUUUUAAAAAAUUUUUUGGUGUUUACAACAAUAUAGAAAUUGGAUGUGGUAAUGUGUUAAUUUUGUCCUCACCCAUAUUUUGGUGUUAGAGCUGUAUGUUGUAUGUGACAUUAAAACAUUUAAAUGUAA